UCUUCUGGUAUGUGUAUGCGCGCAUGUGUGGCGACGCUGAUUCCUCGUAGAUGUACCGCAAACUUGCAGAUCUGUGACAUGACGGAUCGCGUACUGUAAUUUGUGGUGGAGUAUAAAUUUGUAGUCCGCAAUUGUUACCUUGAACUGUUCAUUUACGAGCAGGAAGAGCAACGUGCGCCUGCUGGGAACCGUUUGAAAAGAAAAUUAUAGUAUUUCCUUGAGGUCAAUUUGUCGAAGGGACUUCGGGAAUUUUUCUCAAGAACUUAAAGUCCAUGGAAAUCAUGUUAUGAAAUUUACUUCGGAUCUUCUUAUUUAUUUCUAAAAAAAACCUUUUAUAAGUUUCAAAGGAUUUUUAAUUAUAUUUUCUUGGUAUUUUUUCAACGAAGCCUUAAACGUAAAGAUUAAGGUUAAGAGGAUGAAGUGUAAUUGCAUCAAAUAUUGUAUAUAUAGAUUUCUAGAUGUAUGAAGCAUUUUAAUAUAUAAUAAUAUUAAUAAUAAAUUCUGAAGAGUAACAGAGAAAUAGUUUCGGGAUAAAGGGAUAAAGGUAAAUAAAAGAAAAACCGUGAUUUCAUAUGGCAGCGCUGCAAGAAUUAUAGAAUAUGUUAACUAAAUCCCACGCGCGAGGUUUACGUUUGCAGAUAUAUUUUACGUGUUCGAUCGCGUAAAAAGUUUCUACUGGCUGAAAAUACUCGGACGAUACUGUCAUUUCUUUACAUAAAAAGAUUUUGAAGAAAAUACGAAAAUGAAGAAAGAGAAAUCGGUAAUUAACACACUAAUUGGAUUUCGUUAGCAGUUUAUUUUAUCAGGUAUGUAGCUGGCACAGCCACACUGGUCAAUCGCAGUCAGAAUCGCGUCGUCAUGCAGCCCUGCGGCUCGCUGAUGAUUGCAGUCCAGGGUUGUUAGAGCAUAAAAAGCGCCGCCUUUUGACCGCUGCCUUGUCGCCGUUCGAUGAAUCGUAAUGACCGUCCAACCGGCGUCCUAGCCUAUUUCCUGUACGUAUAAAUCUUCAACUAGUAAGGCCCAAUGGUUUACAGUACAUCUCGACCGACGCGGGAAAGAAGUCCUCCGACUGGGCGCGUUAGUGUUUUGCAACUUGAUACGCGAGCUCUGCCGAUCGUCACAGUGUAGAACAGCGUUGCAAGAAAAUCAAGAAUCGUCGAUGCCACAUGUUCGGUGAAUUUGAAGACACUUGUCGCUAGGCUGCGGAUUUUAUAUGCAUUUACGAUAAAAAUGUGUACCUGAGAAAUACAAAAUCGUGAAGAUAUAAGAAUUCCGUAAUACGGUUAAACUGUUCUCAGUUUAUUCAAAUGAUCAGAAGUGACGGUUUCUUUUUAUCCAAUUUCUAUUUCUCACGAUCAUCCUGGAAAACUUUCAUCUCGCAUAAAGACCCGCAAUCGGCUUAUCACGGUCCUUAGCACAAGGUUCAUUAAUGGAACCGUCGAGUGCAUCCGAACAAAAAGCAACGCUGACACAUGUUCACCGUCAAGCACACCUGUCGUGACUCGGCAAGAAUUCGAGGCCGUUAAUCCGAUCGAACGAAUUUCGACUCCCCUUCGAGGAUCCGCGAUCAGAGGAAGCAUGCUCCUCCCGAUGUGGAUGCACCCGCGCGCGUUCUAUGUGUUCGCGCUCGUGCCGAUCGCGCUUGGGCAUGCCGACGUCGACGGGAAAACGAGAUGGUAUCACAGCUUGAGCGCCGUGAUCAGGGACUGCCCCUAUCAGUCCUGGAGAAACGUCGGCCAGGACGAUUUUUUCGAGAAGUAUCGGAAAUGCGUGCAGGAACGCGCCCUCGUCACUCUGGAUCUGUUGCUUGCCGACGACGUCAUCCCGAUCGUCGACGGACUCGAUUUGGUCCGGUUCCCCGACAUCGGCACGAACUCGACGGAAGAGAAACGUACGGACAGUAACCCUGUGGAUGAUUCAAAGUGGACCGGAAUAAUCGUAAAACGGAUAUUGAGCGUUUUACGUACCCAUGUUUUCAAAGUGGACGUCGACCACCUGUCCGGCUAUGCAGCUACCUUGCCGAAUAAUUCCAAGCCAAACAAUAGCAUAUUCGAAGGCCGCAGGCGGCGUAACAGACGCAGGCACAACCACAUGGUGCCAUUACUGAUGAUGGGUUUCGUGCUGAUGGGUUCUAUCCUCAUCCCGAUGGGAUUCCAGUUCUUGGCGGUGCUCGGUGGCAAAGCGUUGCUAUUGGCCAAGAUGGCACUGAUACUUUCCAGUAUACAGGGUUUGAAAAAAAUUGCGACGAACGGCGUCAAUUACGGGUUGUACCAUACACCGGUGGAUCAUGGCUGGCACGACAGAAGUCACUUAGAGCCGAACUCGAACGUGGAUCACUUACCGUUCCCGUUACAAUAUCGUCCUUAAUGUUUCUGGUCACUGAACUGUAACUUUUCAAAUCGAGAAUCGUUUGCUGAACGGUUGCGGGACAGUUUCUCUGCAUAGAUUUUCCAUUUAUUUAUUUAUUAUUUGUUUUCUUGAAAUUCUUCUGUUUCGAUGUAGAACUCUUGUCGAGUUUAGAAAUUCAGGCUAGAGAAUUCAGAACUGGAUAUUGCAAUUUAUAUGUCGAAAUGGCAGUCAUUUGAUUAAUUAAUUAUUGCGAGCUAUUCGUCCGGCGAACAUUAAUAUAAUAUACAACUAAAAUUUGGUAGAAUGUUGAAAACAAAUACCGUGGCAUAUCGUAAACUGUAAGAGCGGAGUUUGUUUAAAUUUCUGACGAUUCAUUUAAUUCUCAUUUUUAUAAAACAAUCUCAAAAAGACUGCAGUCACUCUCCCAUUUUCUUUUUUGUAUUUGCUGGGGGUUUCAGUUUAACGAUAAACAUGUUAGAUUGUCCUCUUAACUGUCCAUGUUAUUUCCAAAGUAUGUCAAAGUGUGUAAACGAGAUUCUACCUUUUUAUACAAACGGCGAAUCCUGCGAUCGCUGAAAAGAAAAAGGAGAAAGGACGCGAAAAAGCCCUCCGUGGAGCAUUAAACAAUAUGGUUACACUU